AUGUCUGGCUUUGAGAAUCUAAGCGAGCGUGAUCGCGCUGUUCUUAGAAGUAUCUUUGAUCCCACGGCGACUAUUGGUGAUGUUGUUGAUGAUGGUGAUCAUUUCCUGGAUGAUGAAGAUUCCGAAGUCAAUACGGAGGCAAAAUCGUUGUGCGUCAAAGGCGUUCAAUUAGCUGAAGCCGGGAAGUUAGAAGAGGCCUUGGAAUUACUGAACAGGAGUAUAGACAUCGCUCCUGAACGUGCACCUAGCUACAACGACAGAGCACAAUUAUACAGGCUGUUAAAAAGAGAUGAUGUUGACACAAGGUAA